AGUUACAUUGUCAGCCCUGGACCCGACAGGAGAGGCCCAUGGAACUUGGGGCCACAGGCCACAAGGGACAAGGGCCAGACACCCCAGCCAUGGCUCCAGGCCAUUGAUCCAACCUAAGCUGGCCAGUUGGGGGUGGAGAGACCUUGGCCUGGAUAAACAGAGGCUUCCAGGCCUGUGUGCAGGCCCAGCACCUACCUUCCACUCUUGAAGAUGCCGAGAUGUUUCCAGCUCCCCUGUUCUACCAGGAUGCCCACCGCCGAGGUUCCCCAAGCGGCUGAUGGUCAGGGCGAUGUGGGUGAUGGAGAGGAAGCUGUGGAGCCAGAGGGGAUGUUCAAGCCCCCCCAAAACACCAAGAAAAAAGACCGGGACUACGUCCGCUUCACGCCACUGUUGCUGGUCUUGGCUGUGCUGGCCUCAGCAGGAGUCAUGCUUUGGUAUUUCCUAGGGUACAAGAGGGAAGUGACUGUAAGCCAGGUGUAUGCUGGCAGCCUCCGGGUGCUCAACCGUCAUUUCUCCCAGGACCUGGCCCGACAGGAAUCCAUUGCUUUCCGCAGUGAAACUGCCAAAGCCCAGAAAAUGCUCCAAGAGCUGGUUGCUAGCACCCGCCUGGGUACUUACUACAACUCCAGUUCCAUCUACUCUUUUGGGGAGGGACCCCUCACCUGCUUCUUCUGGUUUAUCCUUGAUAUCCCUGAGUACCAGAGGCUGACCCUGAGCCCUGAGGUGGUGCGUGAGCUCCUGGUGGGUGAGCUACUGUCCAACAGCUCAACCCUGGCUUCCUAUAGGACCGAAUAUGAAGUGGACCCGGAAGGCCUGGUGAUCCUGGAAGCCAGUGUGAACGACAUAGUCGUACUGAAUUCCACGCUGGGCUGUUACCGCUACAGCUACGUGAACCCAGGCCAGGUCCUCCGGUUGAGGGGGCCUGACCAGCAGACCACGAGCUGCCUGUGGCAUCUGCAGGGGCCUGAGGACCUCAUGCUCAAAGUGCGACUGGAGUGGACCCGGGUUGAUUGCAGAGACAGGGUGGCGAUGUACGAUGCAGCUGGGCCCCUGGAGAAGAGACUUAUCACCUCGGUCUAUGGGUGCAGCCGCCAGGAACCCGUGAUGGAGGUGCUGGCCUCAGGCUCCGUCAUGGCUGUGGUGUGGAAGAAGGGCCUGCAUAGCUACUUUGACCCUUUCCUGCUCUCAGUGAAGUCUGUGGCCUUCCAGGACUGCCAAGUGAAUCUGACACUGGAGGGCCGGCUGGACCCACAGGGCUUCCUCCGUACUCCCUACUACCCCAGUUACUACUCGCCAAGUACCCACUGCUCCUGGCAUCUCACGGUACCCUCUCUGGACUACGGCUUGGCACUCUGGUUCGAUGCCUACGCACUGAGAAGGCAGAAGUACAACCUACUGUGUACUCAGGGCCAGUGGGUGAUCCAGAACAGGAGGCUGUGUGGCUUCCGUACCCUGCAGCCAUAUGCUGAGAGGAUCCCCAUGGUAGCCUCGGAUGGUGUCACCAUCAACUUCACCUCCCAGAUGUCCCUCACAGGCCCGGGUGUGCAAGUGUACUACAGCUUAUACAACCAAUCAGACCCCUGCCCUGGAGAGUUCCUCUGCUCUGUGAAUGGACUGUGUGUCCCUGCUUGUGACGGAAUCAAGGACUGCCCCAACGGCCUGGAUGAGAGAAACUGUGUCUGCAGAGCCAUGUUCCAGUGCCAGGAAGAUAGCACGUGCAUCUCACUGCCCAGGGUCUGUGACCGGCAGCCCGACUGUCUCAAUGGCAGCGACGAAGAACAGUGCCAAGAAGGAGUGCCCUGUGGAACAUUCACUUUCCAGUGUGAGGAUCGGAGCUGUGUGAAGAAGCCCAACCCAGAGUGUGACGGGCAGUCAGACUGCGGGGACGGCUCAGAUGAGCAACACUGUGACUGUGGCCUCCAGGGCCCCUCCAGCCGCAUUGUGGGCGGAGUCGUGUCCUCCGAGGGUGAGUGGCCAUGGCAGGCCAGCCUCCAGAUUCGGGGUCGACACAUCUGUGGGGGGGCUCUCAUCGCUGACCGCUGGGUUAUAACGGCCGCCCACUGCUUCCAGGAGGACAGCAUGGCCUCCCCGAGGCUGUGGACCGUGUUCCUGGGAAAGAUGCGACAGAACUCACGCUGGCCAGGCGAGGUGUCCUUCAAGGUGAGCCGCCUGUUCCUGCACCCAUACCAUGAGGAGGACAGCCAUGACUACGACGUGGCCCUGCUGCAGCUGGACCACCCUGUGGUGUACUCAGCCACCGUUCGCCCUGUCUGCCUGCCUGCACGCUCUCACUUCUUUGAGCCAGGCCAGCACUGCUGGAUCACAGGCUGGGGAGCCCAGCGAGAGGGUGGUCCGGGUAGCAGCACCCUACAGAAGGUGGAUGUACAGCUGGUCCCUCAGGACCUCUGCAGUGAGGCUUACCGCUACCAGGUGACCCCACGCAUGCUCUGUGCUGGCUACCGCAAGGGCAAGAAAGAUGCCUGCCAGGGUGACUCUGGAGGGCCACUGGUUUGCAAGGAGCCCAGUGGCCGCUGGUUCCUGGCUGGGUUGGUUAGCUGGGGCCUGGGCUGUGGCCGACCCAACUUCUUCGGUGUCUACACCCGUGUCACACGCGUGAUCAACUGGAUCCAGCAGGUGCUGACCUGAGGGGCUGUUCUACAGAGCUGGACCUGCCUCCAGCCCAUGUUCAGGGUGCCCACCCAGACAGAGCACAAGUAUUCUGGGGCGAGUGACCCUGCUAAGGCCUGUCCCCUCAGGCCUACCCCAGUGACAGUACAGAGAAGGAUGUCAGCUGGUGGUUAGGAUGCCUACUGAGGUCCAGGGGCCAGCCUCAGCUCGGCUUCACUUCUGACCCUUUCUUAUUCUAGUCCUUUCUCCUCCCCCCUCCUACCACCGUUUUGGGGUGGGGUCUGGUGGCAAUAACGCCGACUCCCAGGUUUCUGAAGAAAAGUGAGAAUCCUUCCUCUUGCAAAAGCUUCUUGGGGGGGGGCUGCACAGAGAAUGAAGGUGCCUCUAUCAAGGCUCUCUCAGAGCCCUUGAGACUGCCAAGUGGGUCGUACUGUAAGCCAAAUCAUGGGGCAGCCUCAGCUGCAGGUGCCUGCUGCAGCUCUGCCUGCUACAGGGGCCUCCCUGCCAUUCACUGGAGGCCCCGCUGUCUGUUCUGGAAAUAAAGCACUUGACCAAGCCCUGACGCUG